AUGCCGCCAACCCCAAACCCACGCAUCACGUCUCUCGACUUCGACUCUCACCGCAAGCGCAGGCGCCAGUCGGCAGGCUCCCGUCCAAGCAUCGGAGACGAUGACUUUGACUUCAUGGGCCAAGUGGCGGAAGAGAUCAUUGAACGGGACCGCAUCAGAAUGCGCAGAGAGGUCGUUCGGGUUAUGAGCUUCGUCUGCGCGAUUCUGAACUGUCUAUGCGCCGGGUCAAUAACCUCGUUUUCUCUCUACGGUGCUCGUUUCCUCACCGACUUGCAUUACACGCAGUUCCAAGUCAAUGCCGUGUCUAUCACAGCCGAGUUGGCCAUGUACCUGCCGGUGCCUCUAUUUGGCUACCUCUGCGACCGUUACUCGCCUCCACCGCUAUCACUUCUCUCUUCUUUCCUGUUCGGCUUUGGCUAUCUGUUGGCUGCAUACACAUAUAAAUCUGGCCCGCCUGCAGACGCUUCAAGAGACGGACACGGAUGGCCGUUCGGCGCCAUGAUUCUGGCCUUUAUUGGCAUCGGAGCCGGCACAAGUUGCAUGUACCUUUGUGCGGUCGCAACCUGCGCAAAGAACUUCGCCAAAGCCAAGUACAGAGGAUUCAUGCUCGCUGUGCCCAUUGCGGCCUUUGGUCUCAGUGGCAUGUGGCAGAGCCAAGUCGGCGCCCACUUGCUCUACCAGAGACUCCCAAACGGCGCCAAGGGCGAUGUUGAUGUGUUCAAGUACUUUGUCUUUCUUGCUGGGACACUGAUCGGCGUUGGUCUGCUCGGCACUCUCGGCCUACAAGUCGUGGACGAGGAAGAACUAAUCGAUCACGGGGUUGAUGUCCUCGAGCGCAGCGGCCUACUAGAAGAGAGCGAGUUUUUCCACGACUCCGAAGCCUCUACACCCGCAAACUAUGGUUCUAUUGCUCGAGCUCGCUCAGGUUCGGGCAGCGCCACUCCCGCUGACUCCGACUCCGAGGCAGAGAUCGACCUGUCAGAAUCUCAACUUCUCAAACGCCGUGAACAAGAACACCGGCUCCGCAAGAAGAAAUACUGGCUCCUCAACCAUGCGACACACACUUUCCUCACUGACCGGACCAUGUGGCUACUGGCUGCGGGCUUCUUCCUGAUCACAGGACCGGGCGAAGCGUACAUAAACAACCUAGGCACCAUCAUUCCCACCCUCACGCCGAAACGAUAUUUCGACCUCACCAGUCCGCCUGCAGGCCAUGCAUCUACACAUGUGAGCAUCAUCGCCCUCGCGAGCACAUUCGCCCGUCUCUUCACGGGCUCGUUAUCGGACCUCUUCGCGCCUCCGAGCCAGCCCGAAGAUCCGCCCACGGCACGAUUUCAAUUCAGCCGGCUUGUGCUCCUGCUUCCCAGUGCCAUUGUGCUUUUGCUGGGUUUCCUUAAUCUUGCUCUACCGUUUCUGACACCCUCUGUGCCAGAGCUCUUUUUGCUGUCCAGCGCAUUUCUGGGAAUCGGGUACGGCGCAUGCUUCAGUCUCGUCCCGAUCAUCAUCAGCGUCGUUUGGGGUGCCGAGAAUUUUGCCACCAAUUGGGGCGUGGUGGCCAUGAUGCCUGCCGGUGGUGCGGCGGUGUGGAGUCUGGUCUACAGCGCCGGCUACUCAAGAGCUUCCAACGGCAGUGGACCUGGGACCGCACCUGGCGAAGGGGGCGAGGGCGAGUGUUCCGGCUACGCUUGCUUUGGAGCUUGGGCAUGGGGAUGCGCAGGAAGCGUCGUGGCAGCGAUUGUCCUCUGGUGUUUUGCGUGGCGUACGUGGAAGAGGCGCAACGUGAUUGUCUAG